AGGCAGCCAUUUUGGCUCACAGCGGGUUCCUUUUUUUGACAGGAGCAGUUCCCGCACUUUCACUAAACUUGCUGAUGGUCUCCGUGGGUUCAUUCCAAUAGCGGGUUCACACUUGCAAGAGCACGAUACCGAUGACUUUCCGUAGUACUUUUGCCAGGGUGGUGUCGCACUGGCUGCUUGUCGACCUUGCCGAGGCGCUGUCUCUCAGGGAGACGAGCCCAGCUCUCCUGCACAGUGAGGCCGACAUCGAGCCCACCAACCAGGCCCUUCACUCCCGUCCCGAGCGGCACCGCACGUACAGGAGGGUGGCCGAGGGCGAGUCGGUCGAGGUCGAGCAGCACCUCGAAGCGUACCGCAAGGCCGGGCAGCUGCUGGGCCAGGCUCAGAACAUGUACCACUCUGGGCACAUCCUGCGGUUUGUGAUGUCACACCCGGAAGCCCCGGUGCUGCCCCCGGGCGGAUGCCUCUACCUCCCCAACGACGGAGUCUGGGCGUCCUUUUACCAGCACGUGGAGCAUCCUUUCCCCGACCUCUUCGCUGAGAUGAUCGCUAACUCGUACUAUCCAAGCUGCAACGAAACCUCCCUCUCUGGCCUGAGGCUUCCCGCAUCCUGCGGCGACAGGACCAUGCGAGGCUCCAGGGGGUGCUUCGAGGUGAGCAGCCUUGGCAGCGCCACUGGCAUCCAAGUUUUCGAGACCACGGGCCACGUGGGGCUGCCGGGCAAGUGGUCCUACCACAUCGAGAACGCAAGGCCACACCAGCUGAGGCACGCGAAGGAGAGCGAUGCCUCGCCUGCCCGCUGCGGCAUGUCACACGAGCUGCCCGAGGUACCCGCCGCCAAGAGGCUGGAGAUCCCGACGAGGUACGUGGUGUGCCGGAGGUCAGACGCCGACGACAGCAUCACCGAGGACAUGGUCCGGGAGCAGAACAGGUGGGCCAACGAGGCUUUCAGGGGUGCCUCGCCCUGGGAGCGGAUGGGCUUCGACAAGGGUCGCCCAGUUUCCGUGGACAUGCAGAUCAGCUUCCAGCUUGUAAACAUUUCAAUCGUGACCAACGCAGAUUGUGCCAAGUAUGGAUUCACAGAUACAGCCCGACUGUAUGAAUACAACAAAGACUCGUCCAAGUAUUUCACGGUUGUCAUCAUCACGAACGACGCGUCUGGCGUCUUGGGCCAGACAGAGUUCCCGUUCGACAUACCAGAGGACAGCCCAGACCACAUGGUCAUAGUUUCGUCCGUCGGAUUCCGGCACUUCGCCAGCCACCAAGCCGAUGCGGUUGGGGUCACGAUGCAUUCGAGCUUGAUGUAUGACGAGGGGGACACCGUGGUGCACGAGACUGGCCACGGGCUCGGUCUGUACCACACCUUCGAGAGGGGUUGCUCCAACGGCGCAGUCUCCGAAGGCGGGACACAAGCUUCUUGGCGGAGCAGCUUCGCCGGAAGCAGGGGCGACAUGGUCGACGACACGAACUCAGAGAAGCUUCCGCACUAUGACUGCGCCGUGGACAUGUCAUGCGGCGAAGUCGACCCAGUCCACAACUUCAUGGACUACUCGCCCGACUCUUGCAUGAUGGGCUUCACGGAGGGCCAGAAGCGCCGUGCCUGGUGCGUGCUUGAAAAUCACCGGCAUGGCCUCUAUGAGAUGUCGUUGAAGGAGUAGGCGGUCUGCGUUAUACCACCAGCGGAGCCGCACCCCCUGAGUUCAGGGUGGCGCUUGUGCGUUGCUGCCGGCGACAGGGCUGGGCUGUGGCGAGGCGGGCGAGGGCGCAUCGCGGCGGCGGCACACUGUUUCGAAGCGGCUCGGUGGUUGUCUUUAAAUCCAAAAACGCCCCAACCCUUGGGCGCUUGGUCAGUGGGCGCCGCCAGGGGCGGCGGCGUGGCAGAGGGGGUCUGGGACGAGGAGGGUGGCUUCGUGCGUG